AUGGCUUGGCGUCGAGUACAAUGCCGCAUCGAGGACAAUGUAAAGUCAACAACGCUCCAUGUGCAGCAAACGAUGGAGCAACAAAAACGCGCCAAGACGCUGUGGCUUGGUUCAUGGUUCGCUUUAUUUCCUACCAUUCCAAGCGGAAGAGUUCCGGCAAGAUGUUCAUUGGUCGGUAUACCAUUUUGUGGCAGUAAUGCUGUGGGCACAAUCGUUUCCAGGGAUGUUGUUGUUAAAUCAGAAAUGCGUGAACUUGUGCCACCGAUUAUGAAUGAAAAGGCCACAAGUAUAGUGGCGCGUCUGGGCGAUCCUGUUGUUGUGCCAUAUGUGGCCUAUGCCAACCCGAAGCCAGUCUAUCGAGGUAGUACCGUAACUGAUUUACAAAUUCAUCAAACAAACUAUACAACCCGGUCCAUCAGUAUCGUUGAAAUGCAGCGCAAGUGGCAAUCCAACACCAAAAAUUGUCUGGCACUUAUACGAAUUUCCUCUACCAAAUAACGAUCGACUCAUGAUUGGCCAAUAUAUUACAAUGUUCGGCGAUGUUAUAAGCCAUGUUAAUAUAUCUGCGUUAAAAUCGGAGGAUGGAGGUGAA